GACGUUUUCGUUUGACAGAACCAGAAAUUGAGGUGUGAUUUGAGUUGUGUUUUAUCAGCGCUUUUUGCGAUAAAUAUCGCAUUUUACUACUGGAAUACUUCCUAGAAGUGCGCAAAACAGGAUCGUUUAGUGAAUAAUAUAAGUGAAAGAACUUCGCCGUCCGUUUAAACAACGAAAACUCUGUACGUAUUUCGGUCAAAACGUGAAUUCGGGCGUCGACCGGUCCAUCCCUCCUACUCAGCCGCUGUCACUCGUUCGUGGAUCGUGGGUCGUCAGUCGCGUUUUAUCCUCAUUUCGUGUGUAUCGUGCAGUCUGCGUGCACGACAACCCCGGUGUUCUCUCGACGUGUGGUGUGUGUCGGUCUUGCGACCGUUUAAUGUGGUACUCAGUGCCGGUGGUAGGUUAUCGCCAGGGUCGCGCGUGAUCUGGCGCGAUGGUGGACAUGGAUAGGAACGACCCGGAGCUCCGGUACCUGUCGGUGGACCGGAACAGCUUCAAUGACCCGGCGACGCAGGCGGAGUGGACCCGCAAGCGGCUGGUAUGGGUCCCGCACGCCACGCAGGGCUUCGUGGCCGCCGGGAUCAAGGGCGAGCAUGGCGACGAGGUGGAGGUCGAGAUCGCGGAGUCCGGCAAGCGGAUGCUGGUCGCCAUAGAUGACAUCCAGAAGAUGAACCCGCCCAAGUAUGAUAAAGUUGAGGACAUGGCAGCGUUGACCUGCCUGAACGAAGCCUCCGUGCUGCACAACAUCAAGGACAGAUAUUACUCUGGACUUAUCUAUACAUACUCGGGGCUGUUCUGCGUGGUGGUGAACCCAUACAAGAAGCUGCCCAUCUACACGGAGGCCAUCAUGGAGCGCUACAAAGGCAUCAAGCGCCACGAGCUGCCACCGCACGUCUUCGCAAUCACAGACACUGCGUAUCGGAGCAUGCUGCAAGACCGCGAGGACCAGUCCAUCCUCUGCACGGGCGAGUCCGGUGCGGGCAAGACUGAGAACACAAAGAAAGUGAUACAGUAUCUCGCGUACGUCGCCGCUUCUAAACCUAAAGGCUCUGGCGCGGGGCCUACGCCACAAUUGAUAAUAGGAGAACUAGAACAACAGUUGCUACAAGCGAACCCGAUACUAGAAGCUUUCGGUAACGCGAAAACAGUGAAGAACGACAACUCUUCUCGAUUCGGUAAAUUCAUCAGAAUAAACUUCGACGCGUCCGGAUACAUCGCCGGUGCGAACAUCGAAACGUACUUACUCGAGAAAUCGAGAGCAAUCCGACAGGCCAAAGAUGAGCGGACAUUCCACAUCUUCUACCAACUUCUGUCCGGAGCGACGACGCAGCAGAAAGCUGAAUACAUUUUAGAAGACCCUAAAAGUUACCCCUUCCUUUCAAACGCGGCUCUGCCGGUGCCGGGCAUCGACGACGCUGCAGAGUUUCAGGCGACGAUCAAAUCAAUGAACAUCAUGGGAAUGAACAACGAAGACUUUAACUCGAUAUUCAGAAUAGUGUCAGCGGUACUUCUGUUUGGAUCGAUGCAAUUCAAACAGGAGAGAAAUUCGGAUCAGGCCACGUUACCCGAUAACACCGUUGCACAGAAAAUUGCACAUUUGCUUGGUCUUUCUGUAACGGAAAUGACGAAAGCUUUCUUAAAACCUAGAAUAAAAGUCGGUCGGGACUUUGUAACGAAAGCACAAACCAAGGAACAGGUAGAGUUCUCAGUGGAAGCCAUAGGCAAAGCUUGCUACGAACGGAUGUUCAGGUGGCUGGUCAACAGAAUAAAUAGAUCGCUGGACAGGACAAAGCGACAAGGUGCAUCUUUUAUAGGAAUACUCGAUAUGGCCGGUUUCGAAAUCUUCGAAUUGAACUCCUUCGAACAGCUCUGCAUUAACUACACUAACGAGAAAUUGCAGCAACUCUUCAAUCACACUAUGUUCAUCCUUGAACAGGAAGAGUAUCAAAGGGAAGGAAUAGAGUGGAAAUUUAUCGACUUCGGAUUAGAUUUACAACCAACGAUCGAUCUCAUCGAUAAACCAAUGGGUAUUAUGGCGUUACUGGACGAAGAGUGUUGGUUCCCUAAGGCGACAGAUAAGACUUUCGUCGAAAAGCUUGUGGCGUCACACUCUGUCCAUCCCAAAUUUAUGAAGACUGAUUUCCGUGGCGUCGCUGAUUUCGCCAUUAUUCACUACGCCGGCAAAGUCGACUAUUCCGCAGCCCAAUGGUUGAUGAAGAAUAUGGACCCUCUGAAUGAGAACGUAGUGUCAUGUCUCCAGUCUUCACAAGAUCCAUUCGUCUGCCACAUUUGGAAAGACGCAGAAAUUGUUGGCAUGGCGCAGCAAGCUUUGACCGAUACGCAAUUUGGUGCCCGAACGAGAAAGGGAAUGUUCAGAACCGUGUCCCAACUGUACAAAGAGCAGUUGACAAAGCUGAUGGCAACGUUAAGGAACACGAACCCCAACUUCGUCAGAUGUAUAAUUCCCAAUCACGAAAAGAGGGCGGGGAAGAUCGAGGCGCCUCUAGUGCUAGACCAGCUUCGUUGUAAUGGUGUUUUGGAAGGUAUCAGGAUUUGCCGACAAGGUUUCCCGAACAGGAUACCGUUCCAAGAAUUCAGACAGCGUUACGAAUUGCUCACGCCCAACAUCAUAACACCCAAAGGAUUCAUGGACGGAAAGAAAGCUUGCGAGCAGAUGAUCAAGGCGUUGGAACUCGACCACAAUUUGUAUUGCGUGGGACAGUCGAAGAUCUUUUUCAGAGCGGGAGUGUUGGCGCAUUUGGAGGAAGAGAGAGAUUACAAGAUCACAGAUUUAAUCGUGAACUUCCAGGCCUUCUGUCGAGGAUACCUCGCGAGAAGGAACUACCAGAAGAGACUGCAGCAGUUAAAUGCUAUUAGAAUCAUCCAGAGAAAUUGUGCCGCAUAUCUCAAACUCAGAAAUUGGCAGUGGUGGAGACUUUAUAUUAAGGUCAAACCUCUGCUAGAGGUUACGAAACAAGAAGAGAAGCUGACACAGAAGGAGGAUGAACUGAGAACGAUAAGAGAGCGAUUGGAUACUCAAUUGAAGCGCUGCCAAGAGUUUGAGGCCAAAUACCAGCAAGCCAGCGCUGAGAAGACCCAACUUGCAGAGCAAUUGCAGGCGGAACUAGAACUGUGCGCGGAGGCGGAGGAGAGUCGCGCGCGCGCCGCGGCCCGCAAGCAGGAGCUGGAGGAGCUGCUGCACGACCUGGAGGGACGCAUCGAGGAGGAGGAAGAGCGCUGCAACGCGCUGCAGCAGGAGAAGAAGCGGCUGCAGCUCAACAUACAGGAUCUGGAAGAACAAUUGGAGGAAGAGGAGGCGGCGCGCCAGAAGCUGCAGCUGGAGCGAGUCCAGUGCGACUCCAAACUGAAGAAGUUGGAGGAAGACCUGGCCCUCAGCGACGACACCAACCAGAAGCUGCUCAAAGAGAAGAAGAUAUUAGAAGAGCGAGCGAAUGAUCUGUCCCAAGCGUUGGCGGAGGAAGAGGAGAAGGCCAAACAUUUGAGCAAACUGAAAACUAAACAAGAGUCUGCUAUCGCCGAACUCGAAGAGAAACUACUGAAGGAUCACCAAUUAAGACAAGAAGCAGACAGAGCGAAGAGAAAGUUGGAGACAGAGCUGCAAGAUGUGAAGGAACAGCUGUCAGAGAGGAAAGCUCAAGUCGAGGAGUUGCAGAUUGUAUUGACAAAACGCGAAGAAGAGCUAGCAGCCGCCAUGGGCCGCGUUGACGAGGAGAGCGCCCAGCGUGCCGCCGCACAGAAGGCCGCGCGCGAGGCCGAAGCCGCUCUGGCCGAGGCGCACGAGGACCUUGAGGUGGAGCGCGCCGCGAGGACCAAAGCGGAGAAACUCAGGAGAGAUCUCAACGAGGAGCUGGAGGCGUUGAAGAGCGAACUGCUGGACUCCCUCGAUACUACCGCUGCGCAACAGGAGCUGCGGUCGAAGCGCGAGCAGGAGGUGGCGGUGCUGAAGCGCAGCCUGGAGGAGGAGGCCAGCUCGCACGAGGCCACGCUGGCCGAGCAGCGCCACAAGCACUCGCAGGAGCUGCAGCUGCUCAACGAGCAGCACGACCAGCUCAAGAAGGCUAAAGCCGCUUUGGAGAAGGCAAAGCAAGCUUUGGAAGCGGAGAACGCAGAUCUGGCCACGGAGCUGAAGUCGGCCAGUGCGGCCAGGGCGGAGGGCGAGCGCAGGCGGAAGCAGACGGAGGCGCAGCUGCAAGAGGUCACCGCUAAGCUGCAGGAUGUGGAUCGUGCUCGAUCGGAGCUGGCGGACAAGUGCAUCCGUCUGCAAAGCGAGGCUGAGCAAGCGCUACAACAGUUGGAGCAGGCCGAGCUCAAGGCGUCCGCCGCCGCCAAGCAAGCGGCCACUGCGGGCGCGCAUCACACCGAGUUACAGGCGCUGUUGGAAGAGGAAACCAAACAGAAGCUGGCGCUGCAGUCGCGGCUGCGCAACGUGGAGCAGCAGCUGGAGCAGGCCAGAGACCAGCUCGAGGAAGAGGAGGAGGCUAAGAAGAACCUCGACAAGCAGGUGACAGCCCUCACCCAACAAGUGGCUGACGCUAAGAAGAAGGCGGAGGAGGAGGCCGAGGUGGCCGCAGCGCUGGAGGAGCAGCGCAAGAAGCUCAGCAAGGACAUGGAGGGCCUGCACCGACAGCUGGACGAGCUCAAACAAGCCAACGAUAAGCUGGACAAGAGUAAAAAGAAAGUUCAAGAAGAGUUGGAAGACACGAACAUCGAGCUGAAAGCACAACAGGCCAAAGUGCAGGAACUGGAGAAGAAACAGAAGAACUUCGAUAAGGUGGUGGCGGAAGAGCGCGCAGUGGCGGAGCGGAACGCGGCGGAGCGCGACGCGGCGGAGCGGGACGCGCGCGACAAGGAGACGCGCCUGCUGUCGCUCACCAGGGAGCUGGACUCCGCUGCCGAGAGGAUCGAGGACUUGGAGCGCUCGAAGCGCGUGCUGCAGUCGGAGCUGGACGAGCUGGUGAACUCGCAGGGCACCGCCGACAAGAGCGUGCACGAGCUGGAGAAGGCCAAGCGCGCGCUGGAGUCGCAGCUGGCCGAGCUGAAGGCGCAGAACGAGGAGAUCGAGGACGACCUGCAGCUCACCGAGGACGCCAAGCUGCGCCUCGAGGUCAACAUGCAGGCCAUGAGGGCGCAGUUCGAGAGGGAUCUGCAGGCGAAGGAAGAAGCCGGCGAAGAGAAACGGCGAGGCAUCGUCAAGCAACUACGAGAACUCGAGAGCGAACUGGAGGAGGAGAGAAAGCAGCGCGCCGCCGCCGUCGCCGCGAGGAAAAAGCUUGAAGCUGAGCUCAAAGACAACGAACAGGCGCUACAUCUCAACAAUAAGUUAAAGGAAGACGCCAUCAAGCAAGCAAAGAAAGCGGCCGCACAGCUCAAAGAGGCGGUGCGCGAGGCGGAAGAGGCACGCAGCGGCAAGGAAGAGGCUGUCGCGUUGGCACGCGAGGCGGAGCGGCGCGUCAAGGCGCUGGAGGCCGAAGCGUUGCAGCACGCCGAGGAGCUGGCCGCGGCCGAACGCGCGCGCCGGCACGCUGAGGCGGAGAGGGACGACCGGGACGACGAGCUCACCGCUGCAGCUGCCAAAGUGACUCUGCUGGUGGACGAGAAGAAACGUCUGGAGGCGCGGAUAGCGGCGCUCGAGGAGGAUCUGGACGAGGAGCAGUCCAACAACGAGAUCAUCAACGACCGCCUGCGGAAGUCACAGAACCAGAUCGACCAGCUGACGAUGGAGCUGGGCACGGAGAAGGCGGCCACACAGAAGCUGGAGAGCAGCAAGCUGGUGCUGGAGAGACAGAACAAGGAGCUGAAGGCCAAGCUCGCGGAACUGGAGACCGCCGGACGCGCCAAGACGAAGGGCGUGAUAACAUCGCUGGAGUUGAAGGUGUCGAACCUGGAGGAGCAGCUGGAGGCGGAGUCCCGCGAGCGGCUGGCGCAGCAGAAGGCGUCGCGCAAGUUGGACAAGAAGAUGAAGGAGCUGGCGCUGCAGCUGGACGAGGAGCGCCGCCACGCCGACCAGUACAAGGAGCAGAUCGAGAAGAUGAACGCGCGCGUGAAGGCGCUGAAGCGCGCCGUGGACGAGGCGGAGGAGGAGGUGCAGCGCGAGAAGGUCGGCAAGCGCAAGGCGCAGCGCGAGCUCGAGGACCUGCUGGAGACGCACGAGACCCUGGCGCGCGAGUGCUCCAACCUGCGCAACAAGCUCAGGCGGCAAGGCGGUCCCAUAGGCCUCUCGGGCGCGUCGUCUUCGUCGCGCGUCAAGCGAUCGUCGCUAGCGCCGGGCGCCGCGGGCGCCGCGUCCGGCGACGAGUCCUUCGACGACGGCACGGAUGCUGCGAAUUCGCUCGAAUGAUCCACACACUUCGCUUGAAGCCUCAAAUACACUACUCGCUUGCUCUACUCGAUGCUUCGACAAAUCGCGAAGUUAGCUGAGUAGUGUAGCGCGGCGCUUCGUGUUCGAACCACGAAACGCUUCGAGUCCUUUGACUCGAUCGUUUUACCGAUGCCGAUCGAAAGGAGGCGAGACGAGGUUGCUCGAAGCGAGUUCGUGUCUAUUCGGUUAACGUCGAUCAACUUCUAGAGUAGUGUAUUGGGGGUGUAAGACAUUGUGGAUUAAUGUGAACGAUUCAGUACGUUGUUUUUUAUUAUUAAUUACAAUUAUUGUAUUGUGUAAUAUAUUCUGUUGUAUUUAAUCUAAUUGGUAUGUUUAAAAUUUGAAGAAUACAUCUUUUUGUCUUGUCUUGUAUGUGAAUGUUUAUUAUAGUGAGCUUUUGUUAUUCAUGGUAGUCAAAAAUAAAUAGUUAGUCGCGGUUUACGGAAUCUAAUUAUAACAUUUUGAUACUGUUGUAUUUUGGGGUUCUCAUCAACACAUGUCACAAUAACAGAGCCACAACGAAUUGAAACAUUUCUAGUUGUUUUAGAUUCUGAAUUCUCGAUAAAUCUAACAAGAUCUUCUAAGAAGCCUUUUGGCAUUUGAAGUCAAUUUGAAAAUCAAAAUUUCGCACUGAAUCGGCCAUUGAAAUCCCAUUAGAUUAGAGCAAACUGAAAACAAUUUCGAUGCCACUAUGAGACAUACAUCAUCAUCACGUUUCGCCUUUUUAAUCACCUUUAACAACCUACAGGACCAGGGCUCCCUCCAUAUAGGGAAAAGGGGCAUUGAGCUGAUCCAUCACGCUGUUAGUCCAAUGUGGAUCUACUGGCAUUUAGCAAACAAUAUAAUAUAACUCAUAAAUUGAAAUUGUAACUUGUGUGUCAUAUAUUUGCUGGCCUUCUGAAAAUCCUUUAUUCGUAGCGCAUCCUAUGGACUAUUGUCGUAAAUCGUUUAGUACCAGCUUUUUUAGAUGGCAAAGAAAACCCCAAUUUUUUUAACCUAUACUACAGAUGUUGUCUCGAGGUGGCGUUGAAUAUUUUUUUUCCGUUUGGUCUGCUUUAGUCGUUGUGUAAAUCUCGUACAUUUAUUGUCGUUAAUUAUAAGUGAAUCCGGACUCCUGAUUCUGUAUCUACGAUUGAAAUUGCGUUUAACGAAAUAGAUGAAACUCUUUGUAUACACUUUUCCAAAAGUCUUGUACAAUGUUCUAUACAUAUAUUAUGUGAUUUUACGAAAUUGUCUUAUAUUAUUAUAAUAUGCAUAAGAUCGAUCGCAAUAACGAUUGUACAUACAUUAUAAGGUUUUUGUAAUAACGAUAUUUUGUACUAGGUAUUUUAAAAUAGAAUGAAAUACUGCACUGAUAUAUAAAACUGUUUACAAACACUUGACGACUGCUGAUUGGUGCUCAUUUUUGAAAUGCAUUUAAUGUGAUGUGAUGCGAUGGAAUAGCCAUUUUACUUGCUAUAAAUUUACUGUUUUUCUUUUCUUUUAUACAUUAUAAUUAUUAUUAUCUGUAUGACCGUAUCUUAUUUUUGAAGUUUCUAUUCCAUCGUUUUGACGUCACAGUGUAAAAACAAUUUUAAAUCCUUUUCCAUUCAGUUUAUUUAUUUGCUUUAGAAACAUCAUUGUGCUAAAACAACCGUGAUUCUUAGACUCAGGAGGACUACCUUGUGUAUUAAUUUCAGAUAAUGGUACUCAUUUCGUAGGAAAAUAAUGGCCCAAUUAAAUCUCCAAGAAACGCAAGACGUUAAAUUAUUUAGUAGAGUGAUGUUUCUGAAGCGACUCACGGCAAUUAGAUACAACCCCAACCAGUAUUGAAUAUAACAUUCCUCUAACAAUCGCGUUUUGUUCACCCACUAGAACCUAGUUCAAUGGGUGAAAGUUAAGAAAUAAUUUACUCAAUUGGGUGAUAUUAUAAUGAAAUUUAAACCAAACACUGCCCUUUUAUAUUAUGAUAACUUCACAAUUUCAAUUUCAAUUUGCCAUCAUGAAUAGUACUGAAUAGGUGUUCUAAAUCUAUAGAGAUUUUUCAGCAAAGAGUUGUAGUUGCUAUGUGUGUGUAUACAAAAGUUUCAUAAUAUGAAAAGGCUACAAAAAAAAUAAGUAUUAUAUUUUGUGGCAAAUUAGAUUCGGUAUUUGCAUUUAUCGCGAAUGGGUUAAAAAGACUGCCGUUGCGACAAUAUUUUAUACUUUGACGUUAUACACUUUUAGCCCUCUCCUUCUGUUUGAUUUCUAUUCUAUGGGACAUUUCUAUACUUCUGAAUGGGACCUGUGCUUUUCACUACUUUAUUUGAUGAAAAAAUGUUACUGAAACCUAAUAACAUUUUAAAGGACUUUUCAUUAUUGUACUUAACUUUAAUAUUAUGUAAAUCUUAAGCAUAUUUUAUUCAAGAAGACCUAUUGCUUAGCAUUCUUCUGACUAUAAAAGUCUUAGCGGACUUUCAGACUGUCAGAUUUAAUUAUAUUUUAGUGAAAAAAAAUUUCAAUGGAGUUUGAUGUAAAUUAGAAAGUUUGUCUGACUGUAAACCAUAAUAUUGUUCGUCCAUUUUACAUGAUUUUAAGUUUUGUUAUAGAAUUAAAUAGUACGUCGUUUAUACUAUACAGUGCUCACUAAUAUAAUCUUUAGUGGAAUCAAGGCUACGUUUCGAUUUUGACGUUUCUUAGUUCCAGUGUUACCAUGCUUAAAAAUUUCAAAGUCUAUAGAAGUGUCCCCGUCAUACCAGGUGUAAAUAAAUGUCAGUGAAGGUGCACUGAGCGCUUAGUUGCCAUAAAAAAAUAAUCCUAGAUUAAGUAAUGGUUAGCUGAACCGGCUAACGUCCCUCGACGUGUCGUCACAUUCGAUGUGUUCCGAGACGAUUUGUACUUAUUUUGAUGUACCUUUGCUACGAGAUUGGAGACUUCCUUUGUUUGCAUAAAUAACCGAAAUCAGUUGACCUAACGUCUCUUGUAAUAAAGCUCAAUUUCUUUUAACAACUGACAGUCCUUGCGGUUAACUUUAAUCAGACUGAAUGAGUAAUUGGAAUUAGGUUUAAUUUUAUUUGGUUUUGAUACACGAUUGAGGUGUCCAGUCUAGUAAUAAGGGACAUAAAAGAUUUAUUUUUGGUAUAUUUUUUUAUUUACUAGAUUGUGUAAAAAAUCUUCAAUUUAAUGUAAAUUCAACGAUUCACCUAUCGGUCUAUCGAUUCUUUAUCGACACGUCUUUAGAAAAAAACAAAUUUUAAUAAUUUCCCCUCCCUUCCUCUCCUCUAUUUACUAAUUCGUCGGCGAAAUGUACAUACGCGCUGACGAAAGUGUAACUUUUACACUAGCUUUUUGGUAUUAUUAUGAAGUUACGCGCUAGAUCGCCGCUUGGUUUAUUCUAGAUUUAGGUAAGACUUAGUAAUAAAAUGUGGCCUUAGGUUUUUUAUCGUGGGACGCGUUACAAUACGCUGUUGAUUUACACGUAUCUUGCAUCUUGUGAAUGUUCUUUUAUUGUACCCAAGUCUUAAUGAAUGUAACGAAUUCUUUUUUUAUAAUUAUUAUUAUAUAAUAGUUUUGUUUCUGAAUAAUAAUAUAAAAUUUAAAUGUAAGUAAACCAUUGAAGCAUAAACAUAUUUUACAUAAAUAUUAUAUUUAAUUAUUAUUAACAAUAUUGAUAUAAUUGUAAAAUUGGCCAUAGGUUGUAACAAGUUAUCAGUUGGUAUGCCAAUUAAACAAUUUUUCAUGAUUUUUAAA